AUGUCGACGCGGAAUGAUUCCGAAUCCAAAGUAGCAGUGACAAAGUUCAUCAAGAAGAAUGAAUUAUGGUUUGACGAUGUUAAAAAAGAAGACUUAGAUUUAGUAAAUGCUCAAAAAGAGUUUGCAGAGAAUGCAAAGAACAAGAUCAAUAAUAGUCAUUACGAUAAACAUAAUUGCAGAAACAAGAUUGGUAAAUACAUUGCGAUGGAUUGUGAAAUGGUCGGGGUUGGUCCUGAUGGGUUGGAAUCAGCACUCGCACGUGUUAGCAUUGUUAAUUUUCAUGGGGUGGUUAUUUUGGAUAAAUACGUCCGUCCAAUUGAACGUAUUACAGAUUUCAGAACACCCAUUAGUGGAAUUACCCCAAAAUUGCUUGUUAAUGCUCAUACUUUUAAGGAAGUUCAAAAAGAAGUUGCAGAAAUAAUAAAAGAUCGUAUAAUUGUUGGACAUUCAAUUCAUUAUGAUUUUCAGGCAUUGCUACUAGAUCAUCCACAUAGAAUGAUACGUGACACUUCUCUAUAUGCACCGUUAAGACAGCAUGCACGAGGUAAAACACCUUCCUUAAAAAAAUUAGCUCAAGAAGAACUUGGUUUGAUAAUACAGCAAGGGGAGCAUUCGUCAGUAGAGGAUGCACAAGUUUGCAUGCUACUCUUUCGAAAACAUAAGAAGGAAUGGGAGAAGAAAUUCUUAUCGAAACCUACAAAAUCAAACGUUACGAAAUAA